AUGUCGUCUUUAAUUGGUAAGCUUGAGACCGACAUGGAGCUCAAUGCUUCUGCCGGAAGGUUCAUGAUAUGUUCUGCAACAGGCCUCCCCAAAUUUCCAAGGCUUCUUAUGAUCAGAUGCGAGCAUGUUCUUUACAUGAAGGUGAAUGGGGCAAAAGAGGGUUUUAUCAUCUCCAGGAACUAUGAUCAUGGGGGCCUUUUGAAGGAUUUCAAGAGCGUCGUAUUCAAAAGUCAAGUUUCUCCAAAGAGCCAAGAUUGUAUAUUACACUGGACAUUGGAGUACGAGAAAUUGCAUGAGGGUAUUCCAAAUCCAGAGACAAUGUUACGGUGUCAGACGCGCAUGGAGGAGGCAUGUGGUAGCGGUGGCAUGCGAAGAGGCCCUGCUGAUGUGCGGAUCUUGAUUUCUUUCGGAGCUUCAUUCCAAUCUACUGCAUCUUCAGGGGUAUAG